GUCUCAGACUGGUACUAUAGAAUUGAAGAGUUUCUCACUGGUUGCUAUUGUGAUGGGUGGAGCCACACUCGGUGGUGCUGCUGGUGUUGCUGCUGCAAUUGCUGUUGGUGUUGCUGCUCUGCCUCUUACUGCCAUUGGAGCAGCAGCUGGUGCAUUGACUGCAUACACUAUUGCUCCUUCAUUCUAUUGCCGUGCACUGUUUUAUAAGAAGUGCUUGCCUGAUAAAGUUAUCUUGAGUUUAGCUGUAGUACAAGAUUUAGCUUCCUCUGAUAAGCUUUUGCAAGGUCCUCAAAUUCAAUCUCUUCUUGGUAGUUCAUACACAAGCUUUCGCUUUAAAUUUCCUGUAUGGAAACAAUUGAAAGUGACCAACAUUCCAUCUGAAAGCAUUAAUGGCUGGAGAAUCAUUUUACACAAUACUGACCAUAUCACUGGGGGUCAUGUUGUUGAUUACAGUGCUAGUAAAAGUUCUGAGCUACCAUACAUUCAACUGCUAGUGAAACCAGAUCAAACUAAUGCUGAUUUUGAGCUUUCUUAUGCUCUACCUAUUGAAGGUAUACAGACAUCAUCAAAAUGGACUAUUGAAGUGUCUAAGAAUGAUUUAGUCUCAACCACCCCUUCAUCAAUUGUUCCAUCAGUUGUUGCUACCACUUCAAUGGAAAAUGUACGGCCAGAAGUUAUUGCACCAGUUGUUCCUGAAGUUGCUUAUAGAGUGAUGUCAGAAUGUAUUUCAGAGCUCAAAGACUGUGGGAUUGAUCUUCACUUCUUAGCAGAGAAGUUAUUAGAGAAGAAGAUAAUAAAUAAUAGACAAAAGAAGAAAGCCACUGAUGAACACAGUGGACGUACCACUGACCAGAGAAUGGAUCAACUACUUGACAUUAUUAGAGGUUCCAUCAAAAAAGAGGGAAAGGUAUUUGAGUAUAUUUUAGAAAUACUCAAAGAUGAAGAUACCAUACUAGCUAACAAACUGUAUGAUGAUAUGAUUAAUAAAUAUAAGAAAUAUAAAUGAUAAUACUCACAUUUCAUU